AUGUACUGGAGUGUGUGUGUGCCACUGACUCUCCUGGUGCUGACACUUGCAGUGCCGAUGGGGCAGGCCUGCCCCAGGAGCUGCAACUGCUACCAGGCCAAUGAAGUCCACUGUACCUUUCGCUCCCUGCUUACUGUACCUUCUGGCUUGCCUAUACACACACGCCGCAUAAAUUUAGGGUUCAACAGCAUCAGCAGGAUCCAUGACAGUUCUCUGGCUGGGCUUAGGAAGGCGGAGCUUUUGAUGCUCCACAGCAACGACCUCCACCAUCUCCCAGAUGCAGCGUUCAGAGAUAUGAAAUCAUUACAGAUACUAAAGCUGAGUUAUAACAAGCUGAGAGAGAUCUCUUCAUCUCUGACCUUCUCUGGCCUGACCUCACUGCUCCGUCUGUACUUGGAUCACAACCUCCUCCAGCACAUCCACCCCCGGGCACUUCUCCAACUGACUAGCCUCAGGCUGCUGCGCCUGCAGGGGAACAGGCUGCAUCAGCUGCACCCUCACACUCUGUGCACACUAUCCCUCCUGAAUACAUAUUACAUCUCUACCCUCAGAAACCUAGACCUGUCCAACAACAGCCUAACCACUCUGCCCAGAGAGAUCUUGGCGACAGCACCUCUGUUGGAGACUGUUGUGCUGCAGGCUAAUCCGUGGAGUUGUGACUGUAGGAUGACUUGGUUUCUCACUUGGAGUCUGGCUCAUCCAGGCCUAAUGAAAUGUCCCAGCGGCCCUCAGUGUCCAAUCUGUGCCUCGCCCAAUUCCCUUCAAGGUCAGGGCUUGCUUGACCAUACUGACCUAUCGUGCACCUCGCCUGUUAUCUCCUCCCCAGGAAGAGACACACCUUUAGAGACAGACCUCAGUGAAAUCCAAUCAAGUGAAUCCUUCAGAGAGCCUUUAGGCACCGCCUAUUUGGGUCUGUCUGACCAACAGGGGAACAGUGUCGACCUGGGAUGCAACAUCACUCACUCUUCAGAGUUCCAGGAUAUCGCUCCUCCUCCAGAUCUCUCUCUGUCCUCCUCUUCUCCUCUCCCCCUUGCUCUGUCACUCUCCCUGGAGUGCCCUGUGGAGAAACAGAGCUAUGAAAAUCUUUGGAGGAUUCUCGCUUACUACAGUGAGACUGCGGUUCGCCUGGAGAGGGAGAUCAUGCUGAGUAAAGCCCCGGCAUUGGCAUACCGCUACAGGCAGGCAGCAGAGACAGAUGGAUAUUAUCACACUGGAGUCGAAGUUUCUGUUAAAGCCACUCCACAGUGGCUGCUACAGCCAGCCAUUAGCAUUCAACUAAACAGAGGGCAGUCUAACCCACACAAAGUCCAACUUAUAUACUCAACAAGAGUCGCUGCUCAUCCGGACCCUGCUUCUCAUCCCUCAACGUCCGCCCCUACCUCUCACCCAUGGGUGCUUAUUUCAACUAAUCAUACCCCCACGGCCCUGGCGGCGGUAGCAGGAAGUAAGGUGGAGCUAUCAUGCCCUGUUUUAAGUUCUGGUAAAACCAAAGUACAGUGGGUUCUCCCAGAUGGAUCCAUGCUAAUUUCCCCCUCCAGCAGCCUAGAUGGUAGGCUCCAGGCUUUGGCCUCUGGUUUAUUUCUACACAAAGUACAGCUCUCAGAUGCAGGAAUUUACCACUGCAUAGCCAGGGCAGGCAUGGAUGUAGAUGUUCUCCCCCUGCGCCUGGCAGUGGAGGAGUCCUCUGUACCGCCUUCAGGAGAGAAAGUGGGACCUCCUGUCAUUGGAAAUGUUGGGGAGCCUAUCAAUCUGUCCUGCAAGGCAUCUGGUUCACCAGCAUCUCAUAUGAGUUGGGUGUUACCAGAUGGAAACAUAGUAAAGUGGGGGUUAGCUGUAUCAGGUGGGCUCACUCUACAAUUAAAUGGAAGUCUGUCUCUGCCUAACCCGUCACGGAGGGAUGCUGGUCAUUACCGCUGCAUUGCUGUGAACCAGUACGGUAGUGACUCUCUGUCCAUGCAUCUGGAGGUAAACUCACGUUACCUCCCUCCGCUUAGGACUUCAUUUCCCACAGGGCCACAGUCAGCCGCUGGCAGGUCAACCAAGAUACGAGCUCCAUUACUUGUGGAGGAAGGAUCGGGGGAUGAAGAGGAAGAAGAGGAGAUCAAUCUUUUUGGCAAAAGGAAGCACCCAAGACCUCUACAACCUCCUCAAAACAGACGUUAUCCCAUCGGAAAACCCAGACGACUUGGACCUAUUAGAGAAGGCUCUCUGAGAAGAGGAGAAGGGCCACUACCAUCCAAUGACCGGAGAAGAAAUCGCUUCGAGAACAAACAUAGAGUUACCACAAACAAACAAAGGAUAGACCCUCAGAAAUGGGCUGACCUCCUGGCUAAGAUACGACAAAAGACCAAUAACAGCCAGCCCAUUGAAGCAGGAAAGCCCACAGCUGAACCACAGGGAGGAGGCAAAGGUGGAAACACAGAAAGACAGGAGGGACGUCAUGAUACAGAAAGCAGUAGAGCUAAUGGAUCAGGGGUGGAAGCAGAAACUGAAGGAAGGAAGCCUGUUUCUGGGGGUACAAGCCAGAGUCGACCCUCUCCUGACUGGAAGAACCCUGUGACCAAUUCUAUUCCUGAUUCACACGGCAGCAGGCCACACUGGCUCCCCUCACCUUUGCUUCCUGCUACCCCUGGGGCCCCAGUAUUGAGAUCCAGACCAAUGAUUGCAGACCCACACGUCAGGACAGUGUCGUUCCCAGCAGAAAGCACUGCCAGGCUGGCUUGUGAAGCUCAAGGACAGCCAAAGCCCUCCAUCACAUGGACUAAGGUCGCCACAGGAGCAGUGAUGUCAAUCCACUCCAGGGCUCACCGUUUUGAGGUCUUGCCAAAUGGCACCCUUGUUAUCCAGAAUGUUCAGCUGCAGGACAGGGGCACAUAUAUCUGCAGUGCACACAGUUUUCUGGGUCGUGACAGACUGCUAACCACCCUGGAAGUAUGGACCCGCCCCCCUCGGAUGAAGCUGGCCAGCUACAGAGAAGCUACCAUUCAUCAGGGUGGAGAGGUGCACUUGGAGUGCCAGGCGGAUGGCGUUCCCAGCCCCCUGCUGUCUUGGGUUCUUCCUGAUCGCUCUGCCUUGACCUCCACUGCUUCCUCCACCGGCCGCAUCACUAUGGACAAGAAUGGAACCCUCCACAUCUCAGUAACUUUACCAAGUGACAGAGGGGUGUAUCGCUGCGUGGCCUCGAACUCAGCAGGUGCUGCCAGUGCCUCUGCUCGUGUUCACGUGUCCUCGUUGCCCCCGGUGAUACAGCAACCCAGAGAGGAACACCUGCUCUUGUCUCCAGGGAGGCCUGUUUAUGCUCACUGCUCUGCCCGAGGUGCGCCGCCACCAACUCUGCGCUGGCGAAUCCCCGAUGGGACUCUGGUUCGCCCAUCCCAGUUUCUGCAUGGCAACCUUUUUGUCUUGCCCAAUGGGACGCUGCAUAUUCGAGGAGUGGGGCCAAAGGACUCAGGGAAUUACGAGUGCACAGCAAGUAAUGCUGUUGGGGCCGUUAAGAGGACAGUGAGGGUAGAAAUUGAAGGGGUGGCCAUUAUUGUCUCAACAUCACCCUCCGUUACUUCUGUCCACUACGGGCUUUUUUUGCAGCUCCACUGCUCUGUAACUGGCAACCCAUCACCCAUUAUCAUUUGGAGGACCCCCAGCAGGAAACUAGUGGACAUGCACUUCAGUUUUGACCGACGUCUGAAGGUGCACACUAAUGGCACUCUGUCAGUCCAGAGAGUAACAGAGAAGGAUGCUGGAGACUACCUCUGUAUUGCCCGGAACAAGGUCUCAGAUGAUUAUCGCCUCCUGCGUGUCUCUGUGGCUACCAAGCCUGCAAAGAUCGAGCCUAAGCAGCCGCUCACUCAGAUGGUGUCAUUGGGCAAGCCACUGAAGGUGGAUUGCCAGGCAUCAGGACUGCCUGACCCAGCAGUCCGUUGGAGCCUACCGGAUGGAACCAUGGUGAACAGUGUGUUGCAGGGGGAUGACAGAGGCGGGAGAGCACGGAGGUUAACUGUUUUUGACAAUGGGACGUUACUGGUUCCAGCGGUGGGUAUGGGAGAAGAGGGAGAGUACACGUGUUACGCUGAGAAUCAAGGAGGUCAAGACACCAUGAAGGUCAAAGUAAAGGUCAUGAUGACAUCUCCACCCAGCUUCACUGAUGACAAAAGCCACAAAGUCAUCAAAGUACGUCAGGGGGGCACCGCCACAAUCCGCUGCCAGGCCACAGGAGUUCCUGCUCCGACAGUUACAUGGUUUUCCCCGACAGGCCGUGCCAUCCCACGAAGUUUGGGAUCUGGUUUUUAUCCUCAGCGGGUUGUGGCCAUUUCAGAUGGAACUCUGGAGGUGCGUCUGGCUCAAAAGAUCGACACGGGAAACUACACAUGUCGAGCAAGCAACCCUUCCGGGGAGAGGACUAUGGUGGUGGGCUUGGAGGUGGAGGAUCCUAACCAUGGACUGAGUGGCCAGAGCGGAGGAAGAGGUUGGAGUACUAGCAAUGGGCCUGGCAGUGGUCCUUACAGUAGAUCAGGGGUGAGCAUUAAUAAUGCAGGGAUAAAUCAGUAUGGCAAGCAUGGCAGCAAUAACAGCAGCAACAAUGGCUAUAGUGAUCAUAAUGGCAGAAUAAGGAACAUUGUUCCAAACACUGGCACUAUUAUAUCACCAAGUGGCUUUAAUCCGGCCUUAAGGAGUCAUAGUCGAGAUGGCUUGAACAGGCCAGUCAGUGGAAUCUCAACACAACUUGGAAGCAGUGUUAUCAGUGGUCCGGUGAGCGUGGCUAGGAAUAUAGACAUCAAACCAGAUAACAUUGGAAUAAAUCAAAAUGGACCUGGCAUUGUGAGUAAUAGUAAUAGUGUGGUUAACAGUCGCAGCACAGUUAGAGGAGAAAGUGUAGAAAGGAAUCCUGGAACUAAUAAUAAUGAAGUCAUUGCAGGAAAGGCUGGUCAUGAUGCUAACACUAGAGUCAAUGUCGGGAUAAGUGGUACUUCUAGAAAUGUUGGAGUUUUUAGCAGCAGUGUGUCUAAUAAUGGAGCUGGUACUGGCGCACUCGGAGGAAAUACGUUUAGCAGGAGUAGCAGCGGUAGUAGUACCAGUAUAUCUGCUAGUGAUACAGCUACUAAAAACUCUACUAACACAGUUCUGGCUGUGGUAACGACAGUGAAGCAGCGAGUGGUGAAAGGCCAAACUGUUCUCUUGCCAUGCCCCUCCCGAGGCUCCCCUCCCCCCCGUCUGGCCUGGCUUCUGCCCGGUAACGGUGUGUUGCCAGCUCCUUACUAUGGCAGCCGACUCACUGUGCACCGAAACGGCUCCUUGGAGCUGCGAGGAGUGCGGGCGAGCGAUGGAGGGACCUUGGUGUGUGUGGUGAGAGGUGAGAGAGAACAGACGCGAAUACAGGUGGAGCUGGAGGUGUCUGAGCCACAGGAAGAGGCCGGAUCUCCACACAGGGGAGCGGCUGUGGAAAGGCCUGUGCAGGAAAGUCGUUUAAGAGAGGCGCCUCGCUCAGGAUCCUUAUCGCAACCAGCACAAUCCUUAAGUUCAAAGCUAGUGUUGCCUGAGACACUCCAUCCAAGAAUCCCAGUUACUCAAGCGCCUCUACACAGCGCCCAGUCUUUACCUGCUGCACCCCGUCCAGUUGGCCCUCCACCCCGCUUCACUAGCCCUGUGACUAGCCCUGUCAAAGAGCCAGCAGUGAGCACCAGAACAGCUCCCUUGUUGAGCAUCAUUAAUGGAGAGACCCUUCACCUGCCUUGCUCUGCUUCUCCCACCCAUGGAUCCACCCAGGGUGCUCUCUCAUGGACCAUGCCCAGUGGCAAGGUACUGUCUCGGGGUGAGAGUGGUGACUCUGACAGGCACCUUGUCCAACAGGAUGGAACACUAACAGUGCGACAGGCCACUGUGUUCGACCGUGGCACCUACACCUGCAGAUCCACCAGUGGCGACUCCUCCUCAGUUUCCAUCAUCACGGUUCCCGUCAUUGUCAUAGCCUACCCGCCACGAAUCACAGCAGGGCCUUCCCCUGUGACAUACACACGCCCCGGGGUUGCUGUGGAGCUGCCGUGCCAGACGAUAGCCACACCCCGGGCGACGAUCACGUGGGAAACACCAGACCUGACACAGCUGAGGGUGAUGGGUCAGCCUCGUAUCUAUGGCAACCUCUACCUUAGUCCACAGGGUUCCUUGGUGAUACAAAACCCGACAAGUAGGGAUACAGGAUUUUACAGAUGCACCGCCAAAAAUGUAAUAGGUGUGGACACCCAGGCGACCUAUCUGCAUGUUAUAUAACAGAGUGAAGCAAACGCACACAUGAACACGCAGCACAAAGACGGAGACACCACCAGUCUUCUGUACUGGUGAAUGAACUCUUCUGCUGCUAACACUGUAUGCGUCCCACAUGCCCAAAGGAACUGCAAGGCCCCGUUCAGGAGACACUGUUAAAUCUCAGAAAAGACAGUACUUAGAAACCGGUAUAUGUCUCAUGUACGUAUUUGUAAUGUAUGACUUUGUUUCCGAUGCUGUAUUGUUUUUAUAUCAAGAAUUGCAAUAUUCUCUGCAGAUGUAGCGUCAUGCAUGUAUCUCUGCAUAAACAGUUAAUGUUUUUUUGAGGAGGGUUGUUUCAUUUAGCUGAAGGUACUCUUUAUUUGUUGUGCUUUGUUUAUUUAAAUGUAGGUAUUGCUGAACCAAAGAAAAAAACGUGUUGGUGAUGCUGAAAGACAAACAUGCUUUACUUUACCAGAUUGCUUUAUUUCAUUAAUUUACAUAUUCAUCCGAUGACACUGAAGUACAGUGGAUCAUACAGUAUUAUACUGACUUGGUAACUGAACAUUGUAGACACAAAACAGCAUCACAUAAAGAUCACACAAAUGUCUACAGGUCACACAAUAUAAUCCUGUUUAAUCUUCGUGUAUAUUUAACGAAUAUUACAUUUUUUCAAAUGUUGCAAAUUGGGACUUCAUUCACCAAAAUAAUACCUGGAUUAAAAAUUGCAGAUUUAUAUUUACUGUAUUAACUAUUGAAACACUUUCUGAGCUUUUUUAAAAUGUAUUUAUUAACUACAUUCUAGAUAAAAGUUGGAGUUUGUUGUGGUGCAAAAACAGUAACUUAUAUUGGCAACCUAAUUUGAAUUUUACUGUCUACACGUUACAUUGAAAGUGUAACAGACAUGAAGAUGGAGGGCUCCAGCAUUACGAUCCACCCAAACAGCAGCUUCUACAGGACUUUUUGAACCUAUCUCUCCUCAUGACUUAUAAGUGGGUUUUAAACUGACAAAUAUUGUUCUACAACAAUCAAGUGAAUCUAACAUUUUCACAGCAUUACUGUUGCAGAAUGAGAUACAGUACAAAUCAUUCAUGUCAACACAUCUGUCAGUUCUUUCAAGAGUGAUCUUUGUGAUUAUUUUUAUAUUAAAGAUUCUAUAAAUGUAUGUGUGGAGACUGCCCUAAGCUUGUGCACAAAGCCAGCAGCUCAUAGUUUCCUCUCCUCUUUGAUGUUUUAAUUUUGUCCUUAAAUUAUUUGUCUUGUAAAGACUCUGUUGUAAGACGCCAGUGUUUUCUCACAAAGGCAGAAAUUAUUAAAUGUUAUUACCUAUUGUUGACGUCUCAUUAGUUACGAUGAA